CCGCCCCCGGCCGCCCGAGUCUUAAGAAGGAGCCGCGACGGGAGCGCGAGGCGCGGACGCCCACCCGGCAGGCAGGCAGGCAGGUGAGUCCGGCCGGGGCCGCGGGGCGGGAGCGGGAGCGGAGCCCCCGCCUUCCGACUGGGACGGCGCUCCGCUCGUGCUGCUUGUUUCCGAGUCGAGGAAGGAGAUUUCAGGGGGCCGCGUGAAAGCGGGCGUGGGGCCGGGAGGGGGCGGCCCUUCGGGACUUGGGGCCGGGAUGCUCCCUCGGCCCUGGCUGCGCGGGGCUGGGGGAGCCCCUCCGGGCGGCUGGGGCGCAGGCAGGCAGGCAGGCAGCCCCUCGGAGCCGAGCGAGCCCGGGCGCCGGAGCCUCGGCCCGCCCUUCCCAUUCCCCAGCGCCGGAGCUCCGCCCGCCCGCGGGGCGUCGUGGUCGAAGGCGGCCGAGGCAGGUUCGCAUCCGCCCUCCGUGGGGAAGCCCCCGACGCCGCCUCCGGGGAGGACGGGCGACGCUUCUCUUGGGCUCGGUCACUUCAGGCUGCUUCUGUGGGGGACCCCCGCCUUGCCAGGAGGGGGAAACGGCUUGCUCGAAGAAGCCGACGCAGACCCCGACCCUCUAACUUUCUGGGCGCGGGGCGAAUGCGCUGAGGACUUCCACGUCUCCCACUCGGCACCCUCUUGCAUAUAUGCCUUCUGCCACGAGCACCGGGCAUAAAUGGAUCAAGACACAAACUGAUCUCUCCUCUGGAGAUUUCAGUGCCACUGAAAGUAGCCAUCAUAGAAUCACAGAGUUGUAGAGUUGGAAGGGACCCCAAAGGUCAUCGAGUCCAACCCCCUGCAAUGCAGGAAUCUCAGCUAAAGUAUCCAGGACAGAACUGAUAUUCUGCUUAAUUUUUUUUAACCACCUCCAAGUGGUUUAUAAUUAAAAAUAAAAAUAAAAUAUCCAAAUUAUCAUCAUACAUCUUUACAAGUACAUAUAAGUGGGAGGGGGAAACUCCCUCCUCCCCUUUUUGCACAGACAGCACUCAGGAAUUUGAGAGUCACAUAAUGUUGUUUUGUCUUUCUGAGGGUUCUGGCUGCCUUUGCAGAAAAUAGAUGUUCCCAAAAGGCCAUCCAGUCCACAUGGUUUUAAACUGCCUUUGGCACUGGAUUUACUAUCUUCUCCUUUGUUUGUAAAGGCAACAAAGGUUCACCAGACUGCAGAGAAUGCUUCCUUUGUCUUUCGUCCUCUGGUGAGGCACAACUUCUGGGUUGGUUUUUUGGUUAAAGCCAAUUUCUCGGACUCUCUGUUAUACCAUUUCUGGAUGGCUAUUCCUUUUCAAGUCUUUGCUAUUUGAGUCCUUUCUAGAAAGCAACACUUUGAAAGAUGUGUUUGUGCUCUCUUUUGAUACAUUGCUAGUGAGCCGUACCCAUAAUGAGAAGACUGUAAGGGCAGGAAGCCUUUGAAUGAGAAGAGAGAGAAAGAGGCAGUGAAGAGAGACGCCGGGCUGUCCAGAUGCAUCAGUGUGAUGCCCAGUUGCUCCCACUUAAGGUUUUGUAGUGGGCUCCAUUGCAGUGGGCGGAUCCCCCAGAGCAGCCCUGUGUCAGCACAGGACACAGAUGGGCCAAGGAAUUUUGUAAGUGUCCCAGACAGGUGCUGCUAUUGUGUAGCCUGUUCACAAUCAAUGCUGUUUUAUUUAUUUUGUUCAUUGCGUUACUAUGUUUGCCAGUGAGAUGCUGGUAUCAAGGCCUGUUAGCCUUCCCACUUCCUCAGGUGAUGAGAAAUCUAGAGAGCUUUCUUUCCAUGAAAUCCCUCACCCAAGGCUCCCGUCCUGAGUAAACGAAGGUCACAACCACACCACACAUUUGAAACGCAUGGCUUCUGCCACCCAAGAGCUGUAGUUUACCUGGCACAGAGAUACAGAUUCCAGCACCCUUAACAAACUAUGGUUCCCAGGAUUCUUGGGGAGGAACCACAUGUUUUAAAUGUUUUUGUAUGUGGGGUGCAGCCGUGAGCUAAGGCAUCCUCAUGUGGAUCAAUAACCAAUUGAAACAGCAGGAAGCAGAAUGGAAGUAUGGACAGUUGUCACAGAGAAUCUGUAUUGUCUCACUUUGCCUUUUAACUUCCUCAUAAAUAGCCUAGAGUCCAGGGUGAGGUGCUGGAUUUUCCAGAUUGUCUCUCUAAAGGAGUAACUGGGAGGCCAAAUGGCAAAUGGGGUUUGAUGCAUGCAGGGGUAAAAUGUUGCACAGGCAGGGGGUGGAGGGAGAAUCCCAACUUUGCGUGCCUGUGUGUAUAUGAUUGUGGUCUGAAUGGACAAUAACUGACCACUAAAGGGAUCUUGGCUUUGUGGUGCGCAGCUCAGUGGGAAUGCUGAACAGCUGCUGCGAAAAAGUCAGAUUUCAUGUUGGGGAUCAAUAAGAAAGGAGUAAAAAAUAAAACUGCUGAGAAAAGGAUGCAAGGGUGCCUGAAUGCAAAUCUGUGGUACAACUGCAGUUGGAUUACUGCGUGUAGCUCUGGUUGCUGAACACAGUGGAGGAUAAAGCUAUCAGUGGCCACUGAUUUAUCUCCAGGAUCAGAGGCAGGAUUGUGAGGGAGAGGGUCACUGCCCCGAGGCUUCCAGGAAGAGCAGGUGCUGCAUUAGGUAGGACUUUGGACCGACCCAGGAGGGUUCUUAAUGAGCAUGAAGUUCCCCAAGGACAGCAGGGCUGGUUUAUUAUCUUGUAAAGCAAUUCUUUUGGAUCACUUGUUUGGGCAGGGAAUUGGGUGGGUACCUCAAAGAGGCUGGUCUCUUCUGGAAACAAAUAAAAGACUUGUAUAACAAGAAAACAAUAUAGUAAGGCAACAACCCACUCUGAUGCAAUGCAAAAUAACCCAGUAGAUGUUCAGUUUUGAGUUUUGUGACGACCACGUUAGUUAAGCUGGACUUGGGCAUCUGCUUUGUAUAUUUUACCAUUCACAGUUAGUUCAUUCUCCAAAAUAUUAGAUUUUGGAUCUACUUCUCAUACUCAGUACUAGGACACAGUAAGCAAGAAUACAGUGGGUGGGUGUUUGUGUGUAUGUAUGAGGUUUUUUUAAAAGGAGCCCAAAUAAGUUUUUAAAAAUACAGCGGUACCUCGGGUUAAGUACUUAAUUCAUUCUGGAUGUCCGUUCUUAACCUGAAGCUAACGCUAAUGGGGCCUCCUGCCGCCGCCGCACAGCUGGAGCACGAUUUCUGUUCUCAUCCUGAAGCAAAGUUCUUAACUCGAGGUAAUAUUUCUGGGUUAGCGGAGUCUGUAACCUGAAGUGUAUGUAACCUGAAGCGUAUGUAACCCAAGGUACCACUGUAAUUGUAUUGUUAUUUAAUUGUCAGUAUUUGCUUGUGCCACUCUUUAUCCAGCUAACUAUGCAAUCUAAUAGCCUGGGGAAGGUCUAACUCAGUCACAGAAGGGCGGCUAUAGCUCUGUGCCACAGGCCAUCAUCAGAUUUGCAUGCAGAAAGUCCUGGCUUCAGUCGUCCGCAUAUCCUCUUUUUUUUUCUUUUUCUUUUCUUAUUCUGGGAUAUUUAUUGGUUUUACAAGAAAAAAUUCCAAAAAAUACAGAAUUACAAAAAUUCAACAAACAAAAAACAACAAUAACCAUGACAAAAAACAAACAGAAAUGACAAUAUCCAUAACAAGAAAAGAAAAAAAAAGAAAACAAAGAAAAAGAAACAGAAAAAUUUAAAAGAUAUUUAUACUUUCAUUUAGCCUUCUUAUCUUUACCUAGUUCUUUGACUUCCCCGCAUCUCCCCGCUUGCACUUCCAUUUAAAAACUCCUUUCAGCAAAUCCUUACCCUCCUUUCAUUAUCUUAACUCAAAAAACUUAAUCUAUUUAUAUAUAAAUAUUUUUACAACCUUAUCCAUCAAAUAUUCCAUACUCUUAAUCACAAAGCUUUUGCCAAUACCAGUUAUUUUCAAUCAGACUUCAAUUUAACAUUCAUUAAUUUUAUAGUAUUUCUGUAGAUAGACUUUAAAUUUCUUCCAAUCUUCUUCCACCGACUCUUCUCCCUGGUCACGGAUUCUGCCAGUCAUCUCCGCCAGUUCCAUAUAUUCGAUUACCUUCAUCUGCCAUUCUUCCAGAGUGGGUAAAUCUUGUGUCUUCCAAUACUUUGCGAUGAGUAUUCUUGCUGCUGCUGUUGCAUACAUAAAUAAAUUUCUGUCUUUCUUUAGCACCAAUUGGCCAACAAUGCCCAAGAGAAAGGCCUCUGGUUUAUUUUGAACGGUAUACUUAAAUACCUUUCUAACUCAUUAUAUAUCCUUUCCCAGAAGGCCUUAAUCUUUGGGCACGUCCACCAAAUGUGAAAGAAUGUACCUUCAGUUUCCUUACAUUUCCAACAUUUAUUAUCGGGCAAAUGGUAGAUUUUUGCAAGCUUGACUGGAGUCAUGUACCACCUGUACACCAUUUUCAUAAUAUUCUCUUUUAAAGCAUUACAUGCUGUGAACUUCAUACCUGUGGUCCAUAACCGUUCCCAGUCAGCAAACAUAAUAUUAUGUCCAAUAUCCUGUGCCCAUUUAAUCAUAGCAGAUUUUACCGUUUCAUCCUGAGUAUUCCAUUUUAGCAGCAAGUUAUACAUUCUUGAAAGUGUUUUAGUUUUGGAAUCUAGCAGUUCUGUUUCCAACUUUGAUUUUUCCACCUGGAAGCCAAUUUUUCUAUCCAAAUUAUAGACCUCUCUUAUUUGGUAAUAAUGCAACCAGUCUCGCACUCUAUCUUUUAAUUUUUCAAAACUCUGCAGUUUGAAUUUGUCUCCUUCUUGUUCCAAGAUCUCCCAAUAUUUUGGCCAUUUGGCCUCCAUAUUGGACUUUUUAGGGCCUUUGCCUCCAUUGGUGAUAGCCACCUUGGGGUUUUAUUCUCCAAUAAGUCUUUGUAUCUUAUCCAGACAUUGAACAAUGCUUUCCUGACAAUAUGGUUUUUAAACAUUUUGUGAGCUUUAACCUUGUCAUACCACAGAUAUGCAUGCCACCCAAACACAUUAUUGAAACCUUCUAAGUCCAGUACAUCAGUAUUUUCCAGAAGUAGCCAAUCCUUCAACCAGCAGAAAGCUGCUGAUUCAUAAUAAAGUUUAAAGUCUGGCAGGGCAAAUCCCCUCUUUCUUUAGCAUCAGUCAAUAUUUUAAAUUUUAUCCUAGGCCUCUUGCCCUGCCAGACAAACUUAGAAAUAUCUCUCUGCCACUUCUUAAAACAGUCCAUUUUGUCUAUUAUUUGUAUCGAUUGAAACAAAAACAACAUUCUUGGCAAUACAUUCAUCUUGAUGACAGCAAUUCGCCCUAACAAGGAAAGCUUCAAAUUUGUCCAUAUUUCUAAAUCCUUUUUAAUGUCCGACCAACAUUUUUCAUAAUUGUCUUUAAAUAAAUUCCCGUUUUUAGCUGUCAUAUGAAUCCCCAGAUAUUUCACUUUUUUUACCACUGUUAAACCUGUCUCAUUCUGAAACCUCUCUUUUCAAUCGGUGUUAAAUUCUUCUCAAGUACUUUAGUUUUAAGCUUAUUCAACUUAAAACCUGCCACCUGACCAAACUCUUGAAUCAGUUCUAAUGCUCUUUUCGUACUAGAUUCUGGCUCCUGUAAUGUCCAGUCGUCCGCAUAUCCUGGUGUGGCUGGCCUGCCCUGAAACCGCAGGGAGCUGCUGCCACUGAGUGUAGACGGCAUUGCUCUCGAUGGGCCAAUGGAAGCUUCUUGUGGACAACAGGGGCAGCCAGCCUGUGCCGCCACAGGCACUGCUGCACGACCACUUCCCUUAUCCUUGACUUGUAGGAUGGGGCUGAAGGAAGUGUAAACAAUAGUGACCUAGGUGGAUCAACGGUCUGCCUCAACAGAAGGCAGAUUCCCAUUUUCCUAAUGUCCUCUGGUACCUCAGAGGAAGGUCAGCUAUCGGCUGUUUGUCCUCCUUAAAUUCAGACUAGGAAGCAGUUCUUUAAAAACAAACCUUCUGCUUUCAGUCUAUUUAAGAGCAUCUUACAGAGCUCCCAAUUUCCAUUCAGGCUCGGCCAAGUCCUACGCUGGAAGAAGAGCGUUGCUAAGGGAACUACAAGAGGCAGCUCUCUCUUUGUGGCUCAAUAGGUUAUUUCUCCUUCUUUCUAAUACAGGAUUGUAUUCUAUACAAGCAUCAGGCUGACUCCCUUCUGGUGGGGCUGAUCCUUGGAGCUGGCUGGCAGGGGCUUUGGGGGCAGGAAGCAGGUUGGAGCUGGCAGCCUUUGGGUUCUUAGAACCAUUUGCUUCCUUGAGAUGUGCUUGCCAAACUCAGUUUCCACCCCUGUAAACACAUCUGUAUCUCUGACAUGUGGAUCCAGUUAGAUUGCUUUAUCUUUUUGGGACAUCCUUGUUGCUGUCUGGAGAAAAGGGCGCAGGCACCAGCAUACAGAAAGUGGGCUCUGCACAUCAUUGGCCACGGGGAACAGCGGGUGUGGUGUCCAGGUUUCUUUUUUAAAAAAAAGGCUGGUCAACUUUUUGUGCCAAGCACUCAGAUGUGCAAAUUGCCGUAAUACUUUUCUACCAUAAUACAGCAAUAAUGAUUUUUAAAAAAACAGAGGGCAACAGUGCAGAUUCAAAUCCAUUUACAAAGUGCAGAGGAUAUAGAUCAUAGAAUUGUAGAGUUGGAGGGGACCACAAGGAACAUCUAGUCCAACCCUCUGCAAUGCAGGACUCUUUUGCCCAACAUGGGGUGCAAACUCACAACCCUGAGUCUCCUUCUCCACUGACUGAGCCCUCUCAGUCUCUCUGCUGGAGUGCUAGUACUGAAGGGAGGUAAGAGAGACUAUCUGGGAAGCAAUUCCACCAUGGAAAAGGACCUUGUGGGGCCCUGCAAAAUGUCGCUUUGUGUAGAGCAGCCCCUUCUUUGUCCAAGGGCCUUGUUGCCUUCUGGGGUGUGGGACACAUGCUGUGGGGGGUGAGGGCAGAGCAAUAAAUGUGGAUUUUGCCUUUGCACAGGAGGCUGGUUUACACACACACACACACACACACACACACACACAAACCUACCUCUCUGUUCUCCAUCCCUGCAAGCUGAGAGUCACUAUCAGCUUUCAAGGACAUGUUCCAGCCAGACAAGGAGGGUGCAGGGCACUGGUUGAAGGAAGCAUUUGCUCAUCCCGCUUUUGCCUGUGGUUUGUGGGUUCGCAAAACCUUUUCACAAACAAAAGAAAUGUGUGUGUGUUCUGUGCCUAUAGAAACCAGCCAGCUUCUCAAUAAGGCUGUGGGAGAGAGAUUCAUUCAUGCUAACCUAAUCUGCCCUUCCUAAGCUAAUAAGCAAACUGAAACACACGUAUUCCUUUUGCUUGCAAACUCACCAGCCAUUCCUUGAUUUUCAGGUUCCAGGAUGGACCGAUGCCUCGCUUUGGUAGCUUAAUGAAGUAAUGCAAAUGCAAACCUCUUGGGAGGUUUUUCUUUUCCUUAGGCAGGUGGCUACCUUUAAGCAAGGGUUUUAAUUAAUCUUUCUCCGGUCUUCUGCCUCAGGCUUGAGGUAGAUAAAUAUGAUUUUUAAAAUGCAAACAUUAUCAAAAAGUACAGUGCUACCCUCACUCAGUAAACUCAGGUUUUUAUGGACCUCCAAAUAAAAUGUUUGCAGAGUAGCAUUAUUAGUUUUCUUUUCUUUUCUAUACCGCUUUAUAUUUUUAAGAAAAAGUCUCAAAGCCGUUUAUAACACAUUAAAACAUCAAGUAUAAUGACCCAGAAUAAAACAUUACUGAAGAAAGUCAAAGAUAAAGUAUGUAUUCAAAGCAGUGUAGUUAACAGGAAACUAAAGUCUUAUCUUAAAGAUUUCAAAACAAAACCUUAUAAAGGUGGUCAACUACAGAAUGUGCAUUUAACGCAGCAAAAUCUUAAACAUUUCAAAGAAGGAAGUCGGAUAUAAAAUGCACAUUUAAAACAGCACAAUUAGCAAGAGAAUAAAAUUUUACCUUAAACCAGUUCUUUUUUCUUCUUAAAAAAAAUGUUUAGGGUUACUCUCAUUUUCCUGCUCAUAUGGAAAUACUGCCCCCAAAUGAGGCCAAAUUUAGAUUCAUAAAAUGUUUAGAGGUCUGCAUCCCCCCAGAAAAAAGCACUUGUCUUAAACAGAGAACAUACCUGCUGCUGUUGCUGCCAGUGGUGGUUGGUGCUGGCUGUGAAAGCUCAGGCUUGAAGAACUGCAUCUGUGCUAAGAGAAAACCAAGAUGGUCUCUGGCCUCUUCAGCAGCCCCAGCUUUUGUAGCUGGAGUCAGUCAGGGCCGUUCCUCCCAGGCCAGGAGGGAAAAGGCCUGCAAGGCAGGGGUCAAGUCUUCCAGGACUCACAGCCAAGAUGCUCUGUAGGAGGAGGCCUUCAGAAACCUUCAGUGACCUUGCUGGAUGGCAGCACCUUUCUAAACCGUGUGCCCUCCAAGGUUUCGGGCUCAAAUUUCCGUCCAGAGAUUUUGGACCAGAACUCCCCUCAGUUUCAGCCAAUUUGCCUAAAGCAUCUGGAAAGGCAGCUUUAGAGGGCAAUUUUAAAAUAGGGAAAGUAUGGGGAUAAGGGGAAGGAGAAAAUAAAUUUUGCCUUUGGAGGAAGACUUGGAUAAUGGAGCACCCACAGCCACAACUUCUUUUGGGGUGGGCACAAUGUUGUGAAUAUGGCAGCAGGAGAGUUAAACCAGAAGGGCAGCAGUCAAAGGCCUGGCUCUUGGCGUCGAAUCAAGGCUACAAGAGGCUUGUUGUGGCUGCAGGGAAGUGAGUCAAGGAGGUGAAAGCACCGCCACCCGGAUGAGCAGAGAGCCAAGACGACAAGCCCCGUUGCUCCCAGGCCAAGUAACCUACUUUCAUCAACCAGCCAAAGGGAGGGACCAGAACGCAAACAGCCAGCCUGGGCUGAAAAUGCUGGAACAGAUGCGCCUGGCUUGGAAUCGACCAGUAAAUAUGUUCUGCUGCUGCGGCAGCUGCUGUUGCACUUCCCGACUGAGCUCUCCAGCUGAGAGAGCCAUCCGUUGUUGCUGCUUGCUGCCCGGCCAUCCGUUGUUGUGUGUGCUUCAUGAGUCUUGGGCAAAGUUCCUAGAAGAAGCCAGUCAGCUCCCGGGCCAGAGUUUGCCAUUGCAACUCCCUUCCUCCAAGUAGAGGUCUGCAGUUUUAUGAUGGGUUAGGUCUUCCUUAGUUGCCUUCUCUCCUACCUCUGUUUUCUUUUAGGCUUCUUGAUUACACUUGGAAGAGAAGGCCUUGAAAAGACUUCAGAAUGAGGCUGGGACAAGGACUCUCCCCAUUUCUCCUGCUGCUGGGAGGGUUUGCCACAAUUCAGUGCCAGGUAAGAGCUCAUCCUGCCAACCUGCCUGUUCACUUUGGCUUUUCUUUCCAGCCGCCUUAGCAGCGCAUUAGAAGAGGGAUAAGCAGACUUCCAGCUUGCGGUGCAGUUGGGUAAUUUUAGACUCUGGACUUAAAUCACCUUAGCAGGUUUGAGGGAUGGGCAGCCUCUUGAGAUGGUCAUGUAUUGCUUCACUUCCAUUACAAGGCCAGCUCUGCUCUGUUGGGGGACCCCUGCUGCCCCUGCUGCUGAUGUCUGUCCCAAAGUCCAACCCUGACAGCACGAUGGGGCAUGGCCUCUUGCUUCAAUCCCUUACACACCCACCCCCCAUAACGGCAAGAAGGAGCAAGAGAGAAUGUUGUAAGUGUGUAGUGCUUAGUUUUAAGUCAUGCGCUGCACACUGUUUGGAGGAGCAAUCCUAACUGGUGCAGCAGCUGGCAGGCGGAGAUGUGUUGGGGGAGAGGCAGACAAUUGUUGCAGCAGCUUGAAGUAGUCCAACUGGACCCCAUGCUAUCAUGCAAUGUCAUUGGGACUUGCUUGGGAUCCAGUAGAUCCUGGGCUGACUCAGCCCCUCCUUGCCUCUGGAACAUCACCUGGCUGGACAUUUGGAGGGGGGGCGCUCUGCACUGGUGGAGUGACACUUGGGUCACCCCUCAGGCAGGAUGCCAGUUUAGCCUGCAGUGGCACCUCCACCCAAUCAAAUUCUCUCUGGUGGGGGGAGGACUAGGUUACUCAGCCAAUUUAUCUCUUCUUAAAAAACAGUGUUUAAGUGAGUUAAACAACAAAGGGACCACCUGAGAACCCGUAACUCAUUUUGCUUCACUUGGGAAUGGCAGGACAUGGAGCUCUCCUGCUGCAAAGCAUCUCUAGCUUGCUGGUUGGGACUGAUUGGAGUUGCAGCCCAAAAUAUCUGGAGGGCUCCGGGUUGGGGAAGGCUGCUCCAGAGCUUAGGAAGUAGCUGUGAAAUAGGAUUUUCUCUGACAAUGUCUUUCCUUAAAAAAGCCAACGUUUCCCCUCUGUGUCUUGGCAGGAAUUUUCUUGGUAUGAGGCCCUAGGAGCUCGGUCAAAGGGUAAGUAGCCAGGAUUAGCACCCCAGUUCCAAAAUGAAUGAGUGGGGUGUGCUAUUUUGAGCAGAUAGACACAAACAAACUGGGUGGUCUCUUUUGAUUUUGCUCUCCUGGUCCUAGGGGUCCCCACACAGAGCACCAAACUAAGCCCCGUUCUGUGCUCAGGAUCUGUAACUGGAAUUUUAAUCAAGCAUGGAAAUCUGUGACCUAACUUGUUCAAAAACUUGUUCAUAAUUUGGGUUUUGUAAAUGGAAUGAAGUUGGGAUUUGUUUGGCAAGGCCAAAAGUAGCAUAAAAGUAGCUAUUGUUAAUGAUAAUAUUGGGAUUUAUCCAGAGCUUAGUCCUACUCUGAGUAGACCUAUGGAAGUUAAUGGACAUGGCUGAGCUGCUUUAAUUUCAAUGAGGCUACUUGGAGCCUGACCAGCAUUGGAUACAAGGAAACACCAUUAAUAUUAAUAUUUCAUACAUUGCUUAAUGCCAAGCAGUUUUAUGAAGUUGAGGACAAAUGAACUGUAGGACCAAAGCAGAACGGUCACGGGGGGCAGGACUAGCUGCACAAGUAUUCCAAGUUGCUGACCCCGGAUACCCACAUGGCACGAUCCGUUUGCUUGCAACAAGAGUGAGCACUGGGGACUUUAAAACUGCAGAGUGUACUGGAAGAAAGCAGGCUGCUUAAAUCAGGCAGCACAACUGCCAAUCCUGCAUUGCUCCCCCUGGCCAAAAUCACCAGCUAUUGCCUCCUUGCCCCCCAAGGCUCCUGGGACUUCGGGAGGCUCUGCCCAACAUGGUUUUUCAAACUUUUCUCUGCAGCCACGAGGACCAGGCAGAAGCUUGCUUUUGAUUAAUAUGAGUAUUACAGGGACUGUCUAGUUGUUAUGGUCACUUGGCAGCCCUAUGCAGAUGCAAAUAAUGCACUGCCCUGGAGGAAAAAUAUUUUGGAUUUACCACCCUCCCUUUGUCUGACAAGGUUUGAAAGUAUUUCCAAGAACUUGGAAGAGAAGGUAGACAUUUCCCUUUCUCCUUUACAGCACACAUGGACCUUGGCAAGUGGCAGGCUCCAAAAUGGCCCCACCACCCACAGACAACAGUGACUGCUGAGCAGUGGAGGCUGGUUCAUGAGGGCAUAUGGGGCAGUGCCCUACCAUCUAGACACUAGGAGAGGAUAUAUUGUUUAGUUGUUAUCCUUCCUUGUUCACAUUUGUAAGAUCAGAGUAUCAUCCUUUGCAGCUUUUAAACUUGGAAGCUAAGGCAAGGUUAAUUUAACCUUCUACAACAAUAAUCCAGGAUGUUUUAAGGCAGACUGGAUAUCCUGGUGUUACUCCUUUUCUCCCCCAUAAAAACACCAAUCAUACAAACAUUGUUUUGUGAAGAAAUAAAAGUAGUAUUUACUUACAUAAUCUAGAUCUUGAAGCAGGAGUUAGAGUAGCAAAAUGAAGGCAGGUUUAAAACUGCUAAGUUACCAAAAUACAAAGUGCCAUCUGAGCUGUUGACCUCAGAUGGGCACGUGUGGUCAAUUUGGAAGCAGGAUAAAGAAAAAGGAGACUGUCCGGGCAGGAAGGAAGGAUGUAGUGUAACAUCUUCCUGCCAAGGCAGACAGAGGAAGUGAUCUCACAGAGUUCUCUCUAGCAAAUUUCACAGGAAAGCUCUAUCAGUUCAGCCCCUUCAUGUGCCUAUCUAGCAAAGCAUGAAUUGUUGGUUUGACCAUAAUAAUGUCCCACAACCCCCACCUGCCUGCCUUCUUACGUGUAACCCGUUGGUCUGCUUCAUCCUCCUCCAUCUCAGUGUUCCCCUUGUAGAGCUUUGCAGGGAGGAGGAAGAUGGUGACAAACCUAGGAUUUGCUGGCUCUGCCUGUCACUGGUGACCUGGCACCACCUACUGUUGGCCUCCUGGCUUAUGUCCUCCCACUUCCAGCCACCAUUGCUGCUGAGCAGGGAGCAAAGGGGAGUUUGGUGCCUGGAGGGUGGGAAGUGGUGGUGUGGGGGACUCUUCUCAGGAGCCCUUCCUCUCUCCUGAUUGCAGUUGUAUGCAAAGACCCAGUAACACAAGAGAUCUACCAGUUCAGGGACAGCUGGCUACGGCAAAGAGAAAAAGAACUUGAAUAUUGUCGGUGUGCGACCAACAGCAUCAUUUGUCAUAUCGUGCCAGGCACAGGUGGGUAUUAGAUGGGUAGAUAUGGGAGACAGUUUGGGUGCAGGAUGCGACAAUGAAGCGGGUGACCCAAACUUUUGCAGCUUCUUUCGUAGGACCCUGGGACCCGAUGGCGGGAGCUUGACAGUCUUGCCUUGGUCCUAGGAACACCUCUCCUGUGAUGUUGCUCACUGUCCUCCCCCUCCUGCAGCAACUUGCAAGGCUUCCAAAGGCAGUGAGUGGGGUAGUUGAAAACGCCCGACCCACGAUGUGGCUCCCUAGAACCCCUUUUAACUGCAGAGGCCAGCAAGUAGUGCACUUGAGACCUUCUGCAAGCCAAGUGUCUGCUCUGCCUUUGAGUUGCUCCUCCACCCCAAGAGGUUAUGGGCCCAGGAACUGAAAGCACUCGACUGCUGGCGGGGGAAACCUGAGGUUCUCUUUCUUCUUUGUCUGACAGCCUGCAGCAGGAGGCAACAGUGCUUCAAUGAGGGCCGCUGCAAGCAAGCAUUAUACUCUUCUAAUUUCUUCAUCUGCUUAUGCCGCCCAGGCUACUCUGGGAAGCGCUGUGAGAUUGGUGAGUAAUUGGUAUGCAAUGUGGUUGGAUGGCUGAUUGAUUGAUUAAUUGAUUGAUUGCAUUUAUAGUUCACCUUCUUCUCCAAGGAGUUCAAGGUAUUAUAGGGGGCCUCCCCCUCCUCAUUUAAUCCACACAACAACCCUGUGAAGCUGAGGGGCAGUGACUGGCUCUGCGUCGAACAGGAUUUGAACCCCAAUCUCCGAGGCCUGACACUCUAACCACUGCACCACAUUUAUUGUGGGCUGCAAUAUAAGGAGCCCUGACUUGGGUUGAAAGCCACUGUGUAGACGCUUGGCCUUUAUUUGGCUUUCAUCUGGGUAAUCCUUACAACAGUUCUAGGUGGCAGGCAGGCAUUAUUCUCCCCUGCCUUGCUUGUCUAUUAUUGGAUGCAUUUGAUAUGGUACCUCGGGUUACAUACGCUUCCGGUUACAGACUCCGCUAACCCAGAAAUAUUACCUCGGGUUAAGAACUUUGCUUCAGGAUGAGAACAGAAAUCGUGCAGCAGCAGCACAGCAGCAGCGGGAGGCCCCGUUAGCUAAAGUGGUGCUUCAGGUUAAGAACAGUUUCAGGUUAAGAACGGACCUCCGGAACGAAUUAAGUACUUAAUCCAAGUUACCACUGUACCGUAUUGGCCCAAAAAUAAGCCAUACUUUCCCCCCCAAAUUCUGAUUGUGAAAAGUUAAAGUGUGGCUUAUAUUUGUGACCUUACAGUAUCACUGCUGAUACAGCUGCCCACGAAGGCCGUCAGGGGUGUGGGACAACAGCUCCCGUCCCAACCGCGUCUCUCAAGCCUCCCCUAAGCCACUGUAAGGAAGGGGGAAGGGGGGCAGGCCUCCGGCAAAACGGUGUGGCUCCCCCCACAAGGAAGCAGCCCAGGAGUGUGGGGCAGUGGCGCACAGGCCACCUACCACUGCCAAGCCUCCUCUGGUGUCGGCUUGGGGAGGUAGUGCCAGGAGGCGGUAGAGUUGGGAGGCGGGCGCGCAGCACCCUCAGAACUGAGCACCGGCACCGGCUUGGGGAGCGGGGUAGCAAGCACUGGUGCCAACCGCCCCCCGUUGAGGGCAGUAGUGCCAGGAGGUGGGCUGCACCUGCAAAUAAGCCUUGAAUUUUAAAGGUGCGGCUUAUUUGCGGGUGCGGCUUAUAUUUGGGCCAAUACGGUAAUCCAUUGGCACAGUCAAAUACAACAUUCCUUGUUUGCCUAGAGUGGACACAGACAGGGGGAUGUUGAUCCAGCCAGUUGAACUUCCUGUUACACCUGGUCUGGAACAUCCUCCCCCUGCAUGUGACCAGGUAGGUGGGCGUGGCCCUUGCAGACCCCACAAAAGGUCCAGUCACGCAGCCGCCCUCCUCUCUUGAUGCUGCUUCUUCCUCUUGAUGCCAUGCUCUCCUGAUCCUGAUGCAUUUUGCUGUCUGCUGACUCUCAGCCACCGGGACAGGGGCUCAUUCCCAUAUGGGAUGAACUCAAACUCUCUUCCGUAACUCUAAGCUGAAGCCUGCCUUCAGGAUCCAGCUGUGAACUGAAUGUGAGUAAACUUCGUAUUACUUUUAAAAGAAGCUUCUUGUGUAUUUAUUCUUUUUAGGAGGGAUAAAAGGGGUCUUACAAGGAACAAAAUCCAACCUGAACAAAGCCAGAUUGGAUUACUUAAGUAUAGAGAUUCAACCGAAUCCACCAACUAGCUUCCUGCUAUAUAUUGGGGAAUGAACUUUGCUGUAUGACUCACAAGCGUGAGUUAGGAAGGAUAAUAUUUAAUCAAUAUAUCCUCUCCUAGUAUCCACAACAUUCCCACAUUUGAUUUAUUACCUUCCCUCAGCGUAAGAUCCAAGGGUGGGUCACAACAAUUUAAAAUACAACAUACAGGAAAUUGAAGCAAUUAAAUGCACAAAUUGUCAUCUCAUCUGUCCUCCCAGUUGAACGCCGUGGCCCAGGGAGAGAGGGAAAAAUAGUGGAAGUGAACAGCUGGCUUCGCAAAUGGUGUAAACAGGAACGGUUUGGAUUCUUAGAUCACGGACUGCAGUUUCUUGAAGAUGGACUUCUGGCAAGCGAUGGGCUGCACCUCACAACGGUUGGGAGGAAUGUUUUUGCUAAAAAUCUCAGAAACCUCAUCAGGAGGGCUUUAAACUGACUAAUGUGGGGGAGGGAGACAGUGCUCCUGAAGGUAGGAGUCUAUCAAUUGAUGAAGAUGAUCAUCCAAAUGUCAUAGACCAAAUGGAACAAACAGCACGCAGACCUAGUGGUGGGAGGAAAAAUCCUUAAAUAAGAGACAUGGGGAAUGAUUAAUGGACUUCAGUGUCUGUACACUAAUGCGCAAAGCAUGGGAAAUAAACAAGAUGAGCUUGAGCUCUUGGUACAGCAAACUAAAUAUGACAUAAUAGGCAUCACUGAAACCUGGUGGGAUAAGUCCCACGAUUGGAAUGUAAUAAUGGGAGGAUACAAUCUAUUUCAGAGAAACAGACCAGACAAGAAAGGAGGAGGAGUGGCGUUAUAUGUCAGGGAUGUGUAUACCUGUGAAGAGAUCCAAGAUUUAGAACCUCAAAGCCAAAGUGAGAGCAUUUGGGUCAAAAUUAAGGGAGAGAAGAAUAACAGUGACCUCAUUGUGGGAGUUUACUAUAGAUCCCCAAGCCAAACGGAGGACAUAGAUGAUGCCUUCCUGGAACAGAUGGCCAAGCAUGCAAAAGGAAGGGAGAUAGUAGUAAUGGGGACUUCAAUUACCCGGAUAUUUGUUGGAUGUCAAACUCAGCCAAGAGCAUAAAGUCAAACAGAUUCCUCACUGGCCUUGCAGACAACUUCAUUGUCCAGAAAGUGGGAGAAGCAACAAGAGGAACAGCCAUUUUAGAUCUGGUCCUAACCAAUGUUGAUGACCUGGUUAGUGGGGUAGAAGUGGAAGGAUCAUUAGGCGCGAGUGAUCAUGCUCUUCUGAAGUUUACUAUACAGCGGAAAGGAGCAGCCAAGCAUACUAGGACUCAAUUUCUUGACUUUAAGAAAGCCGACUUCAUAAAACUUAGGGAAGUGCUGGGUGAGAUCCCAUGGACAGUAAUACUAAAAGGAAAGGGAGUUCAUGAUGGCUGGGAGUUUGUUAAGAGGGAGAUAGUAAAAGCACAACGUCAGGCAAUACCAGUGAGACGGAAACAUGGAAGGUGCCUAAAGAAGCCAGGGUGGCUAUCUAAAGAACUUUUAACUGAGUUAAGAUUAAAAAAAGGAUGUGUACAAAAAAAUGGAAAAGGGGGGAAACCACCAAAGAAGAAUUCAAACAAAUAGCCAGCACGUGUAGGCACAAAGUCAGAAAAGCUAAAGCACAGAAUGAACUCAGGCUUGCUAGAGAGGUUAAAAGCAACAAAAAAGGCUUUUAUGGGUAUGUCCGUAGCAAAAGGAAGAACAAAGAAACAGUGGGGUCACUCAGAGGAGAAGAUGGUGAAAUGCAAACAGGGGACACAGAAAGGGCUGAACUCCUCAAUGCCUUCUUUGCCUCAGUCUUCUCCGAUAAAGAAAACAAUGCCCGACCUGAAGAAUUUGGAGCAAAUGAUUCAGCAAAGGAAACACAGCCCAGAAUAACUAAGGAGAUAGUACAAGAAUACUUGGCUAGUUUAGAUGUAUUCAAGUCUCCAGGGCCAGAUGAACUGCAUCCAAGAGUAUUAAAAGAACUGGCAGAUGUGAUCUCAGAACCACUGGCAGUCAUCUUUGAGAAUUCCUGGAGAACAGGCGAAGUCCCGGCAGACUGGAGGAGGGCAAAUGUUGUCCCUAUUUUCAAAAAGGGGAAAAGAGAGGACCCAAAUAAUUACCGCCCAGUCAGUCUGACAUCAAUACCAGGGAAGAUUCUGGAGCAGAUCAUUAAGCAAACAGUCUGUGAGCACCUAGAAAGGAAUGCUGUGAUCACCAAUAGUCAGCAUGGAUUUCUGAAAAAUAAGUCAUGUCAGACUAACCUGAUCUCGUUUUUUGACAGAAUUACAAGCCUGGUAGAUGAAGGGAACGCAGUGGAUGUAGCCUACCUUGAUUUCAGCAAGGCAUUUGACAAGGUGCCCCAUGAUAUUCUUGUAAAGAAGCUGGUAAAAUGCAGUCUUGACUAUGCUACCACUCAGUGGAUUUGUAACUGGCUGACUGACCGAACCCAAAGUAAUAGUGCCACUGUAUUCUGCUCUGGUCAGACCUCACCUGGAGUACUGUGUCCAGUUCUGGGCACCACAGUUCAAGAAGGACACUGACAAACUGGAACGUGUCCAGAGGAGGGCAACCAAAAUGGUCAAAGGCCUGGAAACGAUGCCUUAUGAGGAACGGCUAAGGGAGCUGGGCAUGUUUAGCCUGGAGAAGAGGAGGUUAAGGGGUGAUAUGAUAGCCAUGUUCAAAUAUAGAAAAGGAUGUCACAUAGAGGAGGGAGAAAGGUUGUUUUCUGCUGCUCCAGAAAAGCGGACACGGCGCAAUGGAUCCAAACUACAAGAAAGAAGAUUCCACCUAAACAUUAGGAAGAACUUCCUGACAGUAAGAGCUGUUCGACAGUGGAAUUUGCUGCCAAGGAGUGUGGUGGAGUCUCCUUCUUUGGAGGUCUUUAAGCAGAGGCUUGACAACCAUAUGUCAGGAGUGCUCUGAUGGUGUUUCCUGCUUGGCAGGGGGUUGGACUCGAUGGCCCUUGUGGUCUCUUCCAACUCUAUGAUUCUAUGAUUCUAUACAAAAAGCAGUUUAAAAGAAAUAAAACCAAUGGCUGCAGUUGCUUACACAGAAAAAUUCUGGUCUGCUUAAGACCACAUCUGCGUUUGACACAAAUGAAGCCAUAAUAUGAACUGGAAACUUCUUUGCCUGCACCUUUUUGGGGUAAAUAGUUGUGGGUCCCCAAUUUGGAGAACACUCCUGAACCAGAUCAGAACCCUGCUUUGGUUCCCCACUGAAAAUGGCCCCCUGCCUGUCUGCUGCUGUUAUGAUUAAUUAGUACAAGACUGCAUAUGCGGCCUUUCAUUUCAAGAAGAAAUACUUUAAUUUGGUAUACCUGCAGCAGUUUUUUCUCCAAAAUAAAAGCGAGCAAGUUUAAGCAGCCUUGUUCCAAGAUGUGACUGUGGUGGGAUGAUCAGAGUGCCAGCUCCUACUCUGGGAGAGGAGGGUUCAAUUCCCCACUCAGCCAGGAAGCACCUUGGGUGCCCUGGGGCCGCUCGGCAUUUGUAGCCUGCCUCACAGGGUUGUUGUGAGGAAGAAACGGGGAGGAGGAGAACCAUGUACACCACCUUGUGUGUGUGUGUGUGUGUGUGUGUGUGUGUUUAUUACAUUUAUAUACCACCUUUACUCCCAAGCUGCUCCUUGGAAGAAAAGGGUGGUAUAGAAAUGUAAUAAAUAAAUAAAUUAUAAUAAAAAUAAAUUGUAUGUAGCUUGGCUGCCAGGCCUGCUGGCUUUGCUAGCUGUGCCUGUGAGGGAGAGGCAGCAUGGAAGCAGCACCUGGCAUAAAGUGUCAUGAGCUUCCUGCUUCUUCCAGGUCAAGAUGGCUGGAAUAGUGGGGAAGGAGGAGGACUGCAUCACAGAGCAGGGAAGAUAUCAGCGGAGAUAGCCUUGUGGUUCUUCCAUCCUCCACCUCAUCUGGCAGGGGGCAAAAAUGGGCACAGGAGUGAAUGUGAAUUUUGCUUUGGUUCAUGAGGCUGGUUUCUACACACAAACUGUGGCAUUCCUCUCUAUCCUCCAGCCAGACAAGCAAGAACCAUUAUCAGAGUUCAAGACCACAUUCCAGCAAGUCAAAAACAUUUGAGGAGAGGCUGCAAAGUAGGGCUAGUGAGAGGGGUGGAGAUGCUGAGGGCCUGGGGGCCUGGAGAGAGUCCCAGGAGCUAAACAGAAUAGACCUGGGGGGGGGGUCACAUGUGGCCCACAGGCCUCUGCCGUCUAGCCCCCAGUGACCACGGCUGCAAUCUCCCAUCUUGAUCCUGAGCAGCCCCAUGGAUGCAAGAUGUGUGCAGAGUACCUUUGGAGAACAGGAGGGAGACUGAAUACUCUGCCCCUCCUUUUUCAGAUACCAAAGCCAAGUGUUACGAGGGCGCUGGAGAGGGCUACAUGGGGACAUGGAACACAACUGUGAGUGGAGCCAAGUGCUUGAACUGGAAGCUCGAUUCCUUGAGGAAUAAGCGGUACAAUGCGUACCGGGCAGAUGCCGCUAGGUUGGGCCUUGGAAACCACAACUAUUGCAGGUGAGAAAGUGAGUUUAGGAGGGGCCUCUUCCUCUGACCACCCAUCUUCUUGCCCCCCAAUACUGGGGGGCAUUAUUGCAGUCAAACCAAUAAUUCAUGUUUUACCAGAUAGGUACAUGAAGGGGCGGAGGCUCAUAGAGCUUUCUUGUCAAAUUUGCUAGAGAGAACUCUGUGAGAUCACUUCCUUUGUCUGCUUUGGCAGGAAGCUGUAGCACUACAUCCUUCCAGCCUGGGCAGCCUCCUCUUUCUUCGUCAUGCUUCCAAGCUGACCACAUGUCCAUGUUUGAGGUCUGCUGCUCAGACACAAUUUUGAACUUACCUUUUGUACUUUGGUAACUUAGAUAGUACAGUCGUACUUUGGUUUUGGAACAGCUUAGUUCCUGAACAUUUUGGCUCCUGAAUGCUGCAAACCCAGAAGUGACUGUUCCAGUUUGCAAACUAUUUUUGGAAGCUGAACGUCCAAUAGGGCUUCUGCGGCUUCCGAUUAGCUACAGGAGCUUCCUGCAGCCAACCAGUACUCACGCUUUAGUUUCCGAAUGUUUUGGAAGUCAAAUGGACUUCCAGAAUGGAUUCCUUUCGACUUCCAAGGUACGACUGUAGUUAUAAACAUGCUCUUAUUUGGUGCUGCAAUUGCUACUUCAACCUAGAUUAUGUAAGUAAAUACUACUUUUACUUCUUUACAAAACAAUGUGCAAUUGUUGUUUUUAAGGGGGAGACAAUGAGUAAUACCAGGAAAAUCCAGUCUGCCUUUAGAGCAUCCUGGAUUAUUGUUUGUAGAAGCUUAAAUCAAACUUUUCUUAGCUUCAAAGUUUAAGCUGCAAAGGAUGGUACUCUGUUGAUCUCACAAAUGUGAGCAAGGAAGGAUAAUAACCAAACCAUGUAUCCUCUCCUAGUGUUUUACCAGAUUGUGGGAAAUACAUUCCCACAAAUACAUCCUUGUAGGCAAAAUCUACUCUGAGCGGGAGAAGUAUUGACAUUGUCAAAUAAGGAUGUUGCAGAGCUGGAAAAGGUUUAGAAAAGGGCAACCAAAAUGUUUGAGAGCAUCUCCACUGUGAGGAAAGGUUACAACAUUUUAGUUUAGUGUAAGUGAGACUUGGGGAAGACACACAAGGUGGAGGUGUAUAAUAUCAUUUCAUCAUAAUUUCAUGAAACUGUGUGCGCUUUGUGGAGAAAGGGAAUAAAUAGGAAGCCAUCUAGGCCAUAUAGUGAAGCUGAAGAUUGGAAGAUUCAGGGCUGACAACAGGAAGGACGUCUUCCCUCAGGGCUUAGAAUUAAACUAUGGAGCUCCUUCCCCUAAGGCGUAGUGUCAACCACCAACUUGGGUUGAGAAGACCAAUUCCCACGAGCCUAAGAGAAGCCUGUGGGGGCUGGUGGAGGCAGAGCAGAGUCAAAAUGGCCAGCAGCCAUCAAGAGCCUCCUCCUCCUCCUCCUCCUCCUCCUCCUCCUCCUCCUCCUCCAUGAAUUGGUCCAAUCCUCUUUUAAAGACAUUCCGGUUGGUGGUUACCACUGCCCCUGUGGGAGUGAGUUCCAGAGCUGAAUUCUGCACUUCAUGAAGAAAUACUUUUUUAAAAUCUAUCCUGAAUCUUCCAACAUUCAACUUCAUUGGGUGUGUUAUGAGAGAGGGAAGAAAAUGUCUCCAACCACUUUCUUCAUGCCUUGCAUAAUUUCAUAAAAUUUCAUCGUGUCACCUCACACUUGCCUUUUCUCUAAAUUAAAAAGUCCCUAAUGCAACAGCCUUUCUUCAUAGGAGAGUCACUCCAUCCCUUAAUUAUUUUGGUGGCCCUUUUCUAAUAGUGUCACUAAUAGUGCCAGUGUAAUAGUGCCACUGUAUUCUGCUCUGGUCAGACCUCACCUGGAGUACUGUGUCCAGUUCUGGGCACCACAGUUCAAGAAGGACACUGACAAACUGGAACGUGUCCAGAGGAGGGCAACCAAAAUGGUCAAAGGCCUGGAAACGAUGCCUUAUGAGGAACGGCUAAGGGAGCUGGGCAUGUUUAGCCUGGAGAAGAGGAGGUUAAGGGGUGAUAUGAUAGCCAUGUUCAAAUAUAGAAAAGGAUGUCACAUAGAGGAGGGAGAAAGGUUGUUUUCUGCUGCUCCAGAGAAGCGGACACGGAGCAAUGGAUCCAAACUACAAGAAAGAAGAUUCCACCUAAACAUUAGGAAGAACUUCCUGACAGUAAGAGCUGUUCGACAGUGGAAUUUGUUGCCAAGGAGUGUGGUGGAGUCUCCUUCUUUGGAGGUCUUUAAGCAGAGGCUUGACAACCAUAUGUCAGGAGUGCUCAGAUGGUGUUUCCUGCUUGGCAGGGGGUUGGACUCGAUGGCCCUUGUGGUCUCUUCCAACUCUAUGAUUCUAUGAUUCUUGACCUUUUCCUGGGGGAUAAGGCUGUCAGUGGCUACUGGCCUUGACGGAGGUGAUGCUUCCCUUGGGGGGGGGGGAGGCAGUCGGCUUCUGAAUAGCAAGUGGGGGCGGGACAGGGCAAGUGCUGUUGCACCCAGGAAAGGCUGCUUCCGAGCCUUUCACUGACUUCUAGUUGGCUGCUGUGAGAACCGAGAGUCUGUCUAGAUGUUUCUUUGUGUGAUCUAGCAAGACUCUUCCUACAUCCUUAAAAUUAUCAGUGCAUUGUUUUGAGUAUAAAUGUUGGCCUUCCCUCCCAUUUCCCCCCUUAUUUUUGAGGUUGCAGCUGAGCCUGCAGCUGUUCCCAGUGGUGCAGUGGGCCAGUGCAUCUGACUAUCAACCAGAAGGUUGGUGGUUGGACUAGAUGACCCCUGGAGUCCCUUCCAGCUCUACAAUUCUACACUUCUGUGAUAAAUGUCUUAAUUGUACAAAAUGCCCAGUGUUUGCCUUUCCUUUCCUCUAGAAACCCCGAUUCCGACACCAUGCCCUGGUGCUUUGUCUACAAAGGAAACAAGUACAGCUUUGAGUUCUGCAGCCUCCCUCCCUGCGCCAACAGUAGGUUCAAGGCUCCUCUGCAGUGGGGCAGAGCCAGGUGGGGUGGUGAACAUGUUGUGCUAUGAGCGUUGGAGCCGAAGGGAAGAAGGCUGUUAGCAGUUUCUCUCCACAUCACGGCCCUGAUCCAAAUUAACUUGUGUGAAUUCCACACCCACACACUUGUAUUUUGGUCUGCUCCUUUUCAAAAGAAAUAUGCACCAGACUCCGAGAAUCUUGCGUGGAAUCUUGAGCUCUAGUUCCACCACAAUCAUUCCCUAUUUGUGCAGCAUGUUUAGUUUUGCAGAAACAAAGAAUUGGCUUCAUAUAUGGUUAUUGCCAUGCUUGCAGGAAAAUGGAGUAGAAAACUUGUGGUAGUUGGCCUCAAUGACCAAACUCGCUCAUUACGGUAAAAAAAGAGAAGAUGAGAAGAUACAAUAUAUACUAAAAGAGACUUGAUUAUGAAUUAAAUAAAAAUGGGAGGGUGCUGGCUUCAAAUAAUCAUUUUGCAAUGUUCUGAUGGCUUUCAACUUAAACAUUUUCUUAAUGUUGCAUUUUGGAUAUUGAUACCUUCAUGUUUGCAGCAAAAAUGUAUUAGCUUGUUUAUUACAAAUUAUUUAAUAGGGCUCGUAUUCAUAAGGUAUGUGUAAGCUUUGUUCUAAGACAUGUACAGUAACUUUCGGCUUUUUCUGUGUUGGUUUUCUAGUUAAAUAAAAAUCAUUUAAAACUUUUCUAGUUAAAUAAAAUAUGUAAAAUUUAAUUUAACCAGCCCCAUCCCUUGUAACAUCUAUGGGGCUUUACAGAUGAAAAGUGGAUCCCUGCCCCAAGGAUCAUACAUUUAAGGCACAUCCCCCACCCCCUCAACUUGGAAACUGGGGGUCAUCAGGGGUGCUGGGAAUUGUAGCUCUGUGAGAGGUAAACUAUAGCUCCUAUGAUUCUUGGGGGGGGGGGUGUGCUUUUAAUGUAGGCUUCACAAUUGAAAAUCUGCAGUGAGAAAAAACCUCAAACUAUAUGCCCCAUGAAUGUGGUUUGGGACUGAUGCAAAUCUGCCUUUUUUGUCACAGAAAGCCACACUUGCAUUUCUGGAAGGGGCAACAAUUAUCGAGGUCCCCACAACCGCACGGAAUCGGGCGCUGCUUGCUUGAGGUGGGAUUCCCGGUUCCUUACUGGGCUGGUCUUCAAUUCCCAUAGGGAGGAUGCAGAGCAGCUCGGUCUCACUAGCCACAACUUCUGCAGGUAAGCAGACCCUCACCUUUUCUCCUUGCAGUUUUUUGUCCAAAAAGAAAAACUAAAUGCAAAACAUGGCUUAUUGAUAAGAUAAGGCUCUGCCUUAUCUAGUGUAAGAACAAUAACCCGCUGAUUUGCUCUGCCCUGUGUGCUGCUUUUAUUGAAUUCAUAGAAAUCAUUCUGCAAUUAGAUGAGGCUGUGUUUUUUGAGUCAUCCAAUCCAUUUGUGCCAUUUCAUUCAUGUUUGCUACAAAUGCCUAUGUGGUUGUUGAUAAAAUAUUGGUGAAAACCCAAAUUUGGAUGUGGUCAUGUGUAGGAUUGCAUUCAGGGUCUUGGUGUGUGUUCCACUGGUGUACGCAUAUAUGAUCUUGCACACUGGUAAAAAAAACACCACACACAAUGAAUCUCGAUGCAGUUAUCUAGAAACUCAGGAAGUGGACUUGUACAUUCCCUGCACCCACCACAAUACGACACUGACUGGCAUUGGCUCCCCUGGAGAUGGAACGUGGGUCCCUUGGCAUGCAGAGUAGAUGCCCUUCCAUCCCACCAUUGGGCAGGCUGGUGGGAAACAUCUGAAGGGCAUGUUUAGCAGCCACUUUCCAACUUUCACUGAGAAUUCCCUUCUGUCUGAGAUCCUUUUAACUGAACAUUUCAGGGAUUGAACAUGGGACCUUCUGCAUCUGUGGUCCAUCCCUGAAUGUACCUUGGCUUGUCCCAAGGCGACCUUGAUGCAUUGUGGCAAUGCAUUGGUAGUGUGUUACCAGGGCACAUCUGUGCACCGGGAACGCAUUGCAGGGAAGGGAAGAAGUGCAAAAGAAUGAAAAGCUGUUGCAAAACAUGCCUACAUAGUGCUCUGUCCAACUUGAAAACAGUAAAAACAAGGGAGAGUUUCAAUAGCAUUGCUUUCCAGUGCAGAAACUAUUCAGAUCUUUUAGAAUAAAAUUGGGAUGAGGACAAUUUCUCAAGCGCCCCCUUCCCAAGGACUCUGAGUGAGGCUUUGAAUCACAGCUGAGGUCAAAGGCCACUUCACACAGUGUCUGUGAAAGCCGACCAGGAGGAGGAGAUGAUGCUGGAUUUAAUGGCUUUUGACUAUCCCCAAGUGUUUCCAGGCCUGCCUGUGACUUUAUAGUAUAGGAUGGAUUGAUUGAUUGAUUGAAGGAUGGAUGGACACAGGAAGUCACGGCUGAUGCAGAGCUUUCUGUGGCAUGGACCAGUUUCAAAUUCAUGUUGUGUUAAGCUGGGUGGGGAACCUUUGGCCCUCCAGCUGUUGCUGAACUCCAACUCCCAUGCACCCACAAAAACGGCCAAGGAUGUUGGGAACUAUCAUUCAGCAACAUCUGGAGGGCCGCUUGAAACAGUCAUGGCUUUACCCCAAAUAAUCUUGGGAAAUACGGUUUGUUAAGGGUGCUCAGAGUGGUUAGGAGACUCAUAUUCGCCUCCCAGAGCUACAAUUCCCAUCCCUCUUCACAGGGAACUCUGGGAAUUCUAGCUCUCGGAUCAGGAAGAGGAGUCUCCUACUAACCGUCAGGCCACUUAACAAACUGCAGCUCCCAGAAUUCUUUGCAGGAAGCCCUCUAAAGUGGUAUCAUAGUGUUUUAAAUGUAUGGUGAGAAUGUGGCGCCUUCGUUAGAGCCUUGACCAAUCUGCAUUGAAUGGGGCUGAUGGCCAAAACGUCAGGAGUGUUGGGAAAAAGCUGUUCUAAGUACAUGCAAAAAACAAAGAAGGUUAUAAAGCAGCCCUCCGUAAACUCCAGAACAUCAUCCUCAGGGGACAUACAAACCUGGGUAGCCCACACUGCUGCUCUUUGCAGGGGCAGAGAGAAGAGGAGCAUUUGAUCUCUGAAGUAAUCCUGUUCCACUUUUGUGUUGCAGGAAUCCUGAUAAUAGCACCCAGCCUUGGUGCCACGUGCUCAGGGGUGGCAAGAGGAAAUGGGAAUACUGCAGUGUGCCAGCUUGCUGUAAGUGCCCGCCCUAUCCGUGGGGCAAAAUGCCAGCAAACUGCAUUUCAGUUGCUGGCUCCGGUGGUGUUUUGAUGUACCUUUACUAUUGUUUUCAUUUUUGUAUUUUAUAAUAAUGUUUCUAAAUGUUGUGAGCCACCUUGGCUCUAGCUUUGGGAGGAAAGGUGGGAUAAAUACUACUGCUGUCUGUUGUCUUAUGAGCACCAAAGAGCUUCCUCUUCCAACUUUUAAGCAGAGAUCUUUCUGUGUCUGCAUCUGUAGUGGAAUUGUUUUGAAGAUGCUUUUAUCAUUAAACUGUUUGCCACCCUGGUUCCUUUGAGAGGACGGAUGGGAUAGCAACGUGCUAAAUAAAUGAAGAGGUCGGCCCUGUGAGAGCAUUUUGCCCCAAGCGGAGAGUUAACGUUGUAUCUGAGUCUGGGGUACAUUUUCCUUAUUUUCCUCGCCACCUACAGCCACGUGUGGAACGAGAAAGUACCGGCAGUCUCAGUUUCGGAUCAAAGGAGGCCUCUACUCGUACAUCCAGUCGCACCCGUGGCAGGCGGCCAUCUUUGUCAGGAUACAAGGAGUGGAGGCCUACCUCUGUGGUGGGGUCCUGAUCCAUUCCUGUUGGGUCCUCUCAGCUGCCCACUGCUUUGUGGAAAGGUAAGAGUCCAGCGCCCGAUUUGCCGUCUCUUCUGCACUUGCUGCCCCCUCAGGAAGUCUCUUGAAGUCAGAGGCAAUUUGUGGUUCUGGAGAUGAAGGGCCAAGUGGGAGGCAGCAACAUGUGUGCAUUUAUCAGUUGUGCCAUUCGUGCAGGUUUUUCUUGGAGUAAAUAGCAGGUGGGAUUCUACUGUAGGGAGGGUUUGCUGCUGCAGUCCAGAUCUCCCCCACUCCUGUUCCUGCUAUUUGUAUUGGGAGGCAAGUCCCAAUUCUCCAUCUACCUCAAUACCCUCCCCCCCGGACAGGAAACAUCCCUUCAAGGUCUGGGGCAGGGUUUUUUGUUUUUUUGCCCAAGACACAAAAUGUUUGCUUUGUUGUUAUAUGAAAGUAAUCCAUCCAGUAACUUUGCAAGGCAGCCAGUUUUCUCCCCCUGUAAGGGAUGUUGCACAUGGUUGAGCUGAAGCUUGAGCAAAGGCCUUCCAGUUCCUCUUCUGGACAACCACGGUGGUCAGUUAGCUGCAAAGCCAUGGCUACAACUGGACCUUGAAGGCCUUGAACGCUUGAGCAAGGAAGUUGAAGUCUGUAUUUUUAGGAGCAUAAAUUACACCUGAACUUGGCAGUCACCAAAGCUGUCCCCCCCCCCCCCCGCCCCCUGAUUCUGUAGGUUUGACACCAGUCGUCUCAAGGUUGUGUUGGGCAGGACUUCCCGCAGAAACCCGGAAUGGUCUGAACAGACAUUCUCAGUGGAGAAAUACAUUGUACAUAAAAGCUUUGUGCAAAGCACCUUUGACAACGAUAUUGGUAAGACCUUUCCCUCCCUACACACAGACCUAGAUCUGCACCUGCUCCAGCCUCUUGCCUUGACCCACCCUGCCUUUUUCUUUGCUUUUUCUCUUUUUGCUAGCUCUUCUGAAGCUGAAGUCCUUGUACAAUGAGUGUGCAAUGGAAACAGAUUCCGUUCGUCCUGUCUGCCUCCCAGAGCCUGGGCUGAAGCUGCCUGACUGGACAGAAUGUGAGAUCUCAGGCUAUGGCAAGCAUGAAGAAUGUAAGAACUUCUGGCUUGCUCCAAACGGUGGCCUCUGAGAGUUGUGCUCCUAAGCCCCAUCCCAGUAGCUAGCUAGGGAGACACCAACCCCGUCCAUUUCUCUUUCUCAUCUUUCCAGUUUGUUACACUUCUGCAUCAGUUUGAGAAUUUUUGUACAUGUCCAUUUUCUAAGCAGUUUCCCCUAAAAUAAUGAAAGUCAUCUUAUUUUAACUAAUACAGGCAUUCCUGUGCAUGAUUUUUCUAAUGUUUGUUUAUUAAGGUGUAUGCAUCUUUUGUAUGGAAAAGUGCUUUGCAAAAUUUGGAGAAGGGUGAAUCUCAAAAGAUAACUGUAUUGUGGUUUGGGAAAUGCAAAUAUGUAAGUUAGUUUUUCAGAUCAAACCAAGCAAAUUUCUCCCUCUCCUAUUCUGCAUCCAAACCCCUUCUGCAUUUUGAGCAAUGUUGAGCAGUGUUGGAGAACUUGCCAGUGGAUUCUGGGUCUCUCUCACUGCCUUUGACAGCCUCCCCCCCAAAAAAACAACAACUCUGCAACCUUUUCUUUCCUUGCAGUAGUCCUAGGCCAGUGAUGGCGAACCUUUUAGAGACCGAGUGCCCAAACUGCAACCCAAAACCCACUUAUUUUUCGCAAAGUGCCAACACGGCAAUUUAACCUGAAUACUGAGGUUUUAGUUUAGAAAAAAACAACUUGUACAUUAACAUAUUUUGUCUUAAAAGAAAAACACAAUAACAGAGCUUUCAAUGAUACAAACAACUUUUUAUUGAAAGGUAAAAGUUUGCAUUAUCCUUGUUUGGGAAAUCAUGAAAAGGGGAAUUACUCCCAGACAACAUGGCCGUUUUGAUAGUUUCCCUUCCAGAAACUUCUUUGGGAGAUUUCAGAGCAGAAGCUGCAUGGCCUUCUGUCAUGGAUGCUGUAGGGGGGUUGGAUUCGAUCACCCUCGGGUUCCCUUCCAACUCCCCACAAUCCUAUGAGAAAACCAAAACAGUCUCUUUUGCCCUCCACUGUGUGUCCCCUAGCAGGGAGGAUCUUGCACUUACCCAUGGCGAUGGGAGAGAGUUCAGCUCGAAAGUUUACUUCCUGGCCUGACCAAGCAGGCGAAAAGGAAAUCUCGGUUGCAGCCUGGGAGGGAGGAGCCCCAGCACAGUUCAUAGGGGCAGCAUGCGCGCUGAAUGGAGCUGCGCAUGUGCGAGUAGCCGGUUUGCCACCCGCGGGCUGCAGCUGAAACGGGAAGGUUCCAUUCCGCUGUCUUAAAGCGCCUCGGUGCAGAAGUGCCAGUAAGCUGGGUGGCAUUUUGUUCCCUCCUGCACAAGUGGGCUUGAGAAGUGCAGCCCGGCGGGCUAGCCAUUGAAUCAUAGGAGUGUGGGGAGUUGGAAAGGGCGACAGGGUGCGUGCCCACAGAGAGGGCUCUGAGUGCCCCCUCUGGCACGCAUGCCAUAGCUUCACCACCACUCACCUAGGUGGCAGCGGGGUGGGGGGGGGGAAGGUUGUUUCACAAAUGUCUUAUGUACUUGCUGAAAUUAAGGUCACUUGGUCUGGAAUGGGGCUGUCCAGUUGCCAGAUUUCGUCUGUUGCACAGCUGCAGAAUCAGCCUCUCUCAACAAACAUCUCCCUGCUCCUAAUUUGAUGCAGUGUUUGUCUGUGAGCUGAAUUCCUAUCUGCUUACUAACUGAUCUAUAUGACUGAACCAAGUUUACACCAGCAGAGCAUCUGGCUUCUGUUAGAGCUAGCCAGAUCCCAAAAGUGGUGACCUUUAUUCUACGUGUUUUGGGAACUUCAUUUCUUCUUUUCAAAUUUCUGUGUGCCAUGGCUUUCAAAGCCAAUGAAAAGGCAGCUACCUGGAACAGAGGCAGGCAGCGCCUGGUCCUUGCAUGCCCACCUGUGUCUGGGAUGCCUCUCUUCAGAGGGCUGGGGUGGAGAGCUUGCAUGAUGGAAAGCUCAAUCAAACAAAAGCAUACCUCUGUAUGCAGAAACCUGGCUUUUCUCUGAAAUCUUGUUUUCCGUGUGCAGUGAAUUCUUUGUUUUUCUUUGGUAUUGAGGAACAUUCUGCCACUUGAGCCUCUGACUCUUAACUGCCUUCAUGGCUGACUCUACAGUCAGUGAUCAUAUAUAUCCUGCAAUAUGCAGAACAUAGUGCAGAGACUUGUUGAAUCAGGGGUGGGGAACCUUUUCUGACUGGGGGGCAAUAUCUUUAUCUCCCCACCCCUGCCCGGCCAGACUUGGGUCAGUCACUUGACAUCACUAUGAUGUCAGGUGAUGCUGCACUUUGACGCUCCAAUUUGCCAGGACUUCAAAGUGCAGUAUGGGACGGUUUGAAAGCCUUUUGCAAACAGCCCCAGUGCUGUGCUUUGGCUACGUGCACCUGUUCCUUUUUUCUUUUUUAAAAAAAGAUUUUAUUAAGACUUUUCAUAAUACAUACAAUUAAACAACAAACUAAGCAAAAACAAAGAAAAAAAGAGGGGUGGAAGAAUGAUUCAAAGUCCUGUUUCCAGCUGUUCUUCCCUCUGCUAGGUGAUGUUUUUCCAGUCUUCAAUUCAGGCAUUCAAUUUUCUUUCAAGACAAGAAGUCCAAAAGAAGUUCUCUGAUUAUUAUUAUAGAUAAACAUCAGCCAUAACCUUCUACCAAUCCAACAUCACAACUUUUGCUCUAAUAUUAAGAAGUAUUCAGUCCUUGCUCUUUAUUCACUCCAGAGUUUCUUCACUGUGAUUAUGUAUUAAGACAAUAAUCCAGAUGAAUAUGUUCUCUUUCUAUCUACAGUUUCUGCUUUCUUCUCGGAGCGUCUGAAGGAAGGACAUGUGAGGCUCUAUCCAGACAGCCAAUGCACACCCAAGCUCCUUUCAAACAGGACGGUCACUGAGAACAUGCUGUGUGCAGGAGACACCAGAGAGAUUGACGAUGCCUGCAAGGUAAUCCCAGCUCUAGGAAUGUUAGGAAUUGCCCUGCUGGAUCAGACCAGCACCCUGCAAAGCUCACAAGGAGGACAUCAAAGCAAUGUCCUAUUUUUUGUCUCUAGAUUCUGAGGAUCAGAGGUAAAUAACAUCUGACUUUGGAGAUCCCAUAUUUCAGAGUGGGGGGGGGGGGAGCUGGACAUAGGAUUUUAAAAAAUAAAUAGCCAUUGUGGCUUAUAGCCAUGGUUUGAUGAUGAUGAUGAUGAUGAUGAUGAUGAUGAUAUUUAUAUGCAACUCACCUGACUGGAUUGCCCCAGCCACUCUGGGCAGCUUUCAGCAAAAUAUAAACACACUAUAAAACACCAAACAUUAAAAACUUCCCAGAACAGGGAUGCCUUCAGAUGUCUUCUAAAAGCCAUUUGUUUAUCUGACAUAUGAUGGGAGAGUGUUCCACAGGUUGGGUGCCACUACCCAGAAGGCCAUGAAUUUUGUCUGCCUAAGCUGUCAACCAUCCCUGCACUUUGCAGCAGUGAACCGCAUAGAGCAGUGUUUCUCAGACUUGGGUCCUCAGCUGUUGUUGGACUUCAACUCCCCUCAUGGCUGACCACUGGUUCUGCUAGCUAAGGGUGAUGGGUGUUAUACAACAACAGCUGAGGACCCAAGUUUGAGAAACACUGCCAAUCAAUUUAAUUGAGUAACCUCUUGAGUUUCGUGAUGAUGAUUCUGUGAUUCUGUUGUAUUUCCUUUUGGGGGCCUUUUUAAAAUAUAGUUUUUGGAGUGGAUGCAAACAUUUUGAACUAGCCUUCAGCUACCAGGCUGGGGAAGGCUGCUUCACCCUUUCCUCUUAGAUCACAAUAUCUCUUUGGCAUGGACCUUUGAAAACAGCGGUCAUGAAAGCAGCAAGGAAGCCCACUGACCCAUUUAAAGGUUAGCUCAUUUGGGCGCCUGGGUAUAGGCAGCUUAUUUAGAUACUGGUUCCUGGAUCUGCUGAUCGUAGGACGACUAGGUGGCUAAUUGUGGCUAAAGACUUGUCUUCAGUGAGCCUUAAAAUGAAUAAUGAACCUGUUGCUCACUUAAUUCACCCCUCCUUUUUCUUUUCUUUUUGCAGGGCGAUUCUGGUGGGCCUUUGGUUUGUCUGAACAAUGGCCAAAUGAACCUGCUGGGGAUCAUCAGCUGGGGCGUGGGUUGUGGGAAAAAAGGCAUUCCAGGUGUCUACACAAAGGUGGUUCACUAUCUGAGCUGGAUUCAGGAGAACAUGAAGCCUUAAUGGCACCUGAAAGCCAGUCAUUCCUCCCAUUGGAAUCUCCUUGCAUCAGGGAGAGACAGUGGAUGGCAGAACACGAAACUUGUUUCCAUAUGUAUGGAGUGGGAACUGGCAGAAAGCAGGCAUGUGCAUGUCUGAACGCACCUGCGUGUCCAGCAUGCAUAUGACCCCGACAUGCACUUUAUGAGAGGAAUGAAAUCUUCAGCAUAGAGCCACACUUGCCUUGUUUAAAGGAGUGUAUAUCUUUCCCACUUCCACACAGUAAAGAACUUUUCAAACCAGGAAGCGCUCUAAAGAGCAGUUUAUGAACAGGAGAAGACAGAGAGUAUAUUACUCUAGCAGCAGGCUACACAAUAACGAUAUGUGCAGCCAGUAAUAAGAAAUUCUCUCACACAUGCUUAGCCUGCUGAAUGAAGAAAGCUCCAGUUUCUCAAGGUUUGCGAAGAGAACGUGGGCAUUGCAAAGAAGGGCCCUGAUCCGCUCCACCGUUUCUCCAAGCCGGCUUGCCACUUCUCUCCUGCCAGGCCCCUGACCUGAAAGACCCAAGGCUCCCCCAGCUGGGGACGAAAUUGCACUUCUAGUCAGGAACAUAUUCAGAUCCUUUUAAUCCAAAAGUUUGUUUGCAGGUAUUUAACCUUUCUGUGUAUGUUUUAUAUAAAACACUCUUUAAUACAAUGUUAACCAUCUGUCCAAAGGCAGAGUUGUCUUCUGCCGCUACUUGAAAAUACUCCUGUGCUGAAAAUUGUCCUUCUGUGUGUGGUUCCUAGGGCAUUAAACUACCUUGUCUUUGAAUUAA